AUGGAAUCUGAAAGAUUCAGCAAGUGGACCUAUAUCCUGAGGACACUCGUCACGAUCCUCACCUUCAUUACCAGACUUUCGACAAAGGCCACUCAACACUUCGGAGCUACGAAGAAUGCCUUACGAUCCAAGGCAGAAAUAAUUCUAUUCCGAAUGGCUCAAAUCGAGGACCCACCUUGCAAUGAUCUGCAACGUCAACUUACACUCUUCAAGUGCGGACGGACACACUUGUUCAGAGUUCGAACAGGAAUCCAUGAGUCUCUGGAGACAAAAGAACCUAUUCUACUCCCACGUAAAAACAACAUCACCGAGCUAUUCAUCCUACACGUCCACGAGCUGAAUCACCAUUCUGGAACAGAACAAACAUUAAUCGAGCUCCGAAAAUCAGUAUGGAUACCCAAAGGAAGGUCAACAGUGAAACGCGUCAUCAACAACCGCUGCUUCCUUUGCAGACGAAAUAAUGCGAAACCAUUCAAGCUACCGGACUUCCCUCCACAUCCAGAUUAUCGCGUCAACAAACCCAACCAUCCCUUCGAAAACUGCGGACUUGACGUCAUGGGACCAAUAAAGUGCAAAUCCAAACAUGGAGAGACCAAAAAAUGCUGGAUCCUACUAAUAACUUGUCACACUGUCUAA